UGCUCUCGCUUAUUACUAUACGUUGGAAAAGCGGACCGAUCAACGGAGAUAUGGGCCGAAAUGGCCGGAAGCGGAUACGAUGCAAAAAAACUAUGCGUUUUCGCAUGGUACUUGAUUGAGCGUGGACAACAGCCUGAUGCCGCUUUGGACGAUCGAAAAAUUGCACUGAUCGGUGCUAGAAUAUACGUCUCGUUGUGUUGCUUGAACGGAUCGCAAGCUUUCAGCAUUUUCAACGAUUACCUUUUUCAGAGAACACUGGAAGCACUGCGAAUGAUAUGUCGAUUGCUUGAUUCUGCUGGCAAUUUCGAUACUGCUAGUCGAAAAGGAGCCGGAGCGGGCAGUGGUAAAACAAAAACGAGCAAGAGAGCUCGUGAUAUCAUUGACACUGAAGUGCAAAGUAGUAUACUGCAAAAUUUCUCGGAUCGUUCGUUUGCGCUGGUUCAUCGAUUUCUGGAUGGCCGUCAUACAAGCUGGCAUGUUGUCUACGGUCGACUGGUGUUGCCCCGUCUGAUGUAUUGGACGAUGGAGAAUACUGUGUUGCCGGCAAAUGCGCAUCCACCAAAAAUUAUGAGCGUUUACAAGGAUGCUAUGAUCAGUUUGAUACGCAUGAGAUUGCAGGAACCGAGGCUUUUUUUUACACGUAAAGAUAACAGUUUGAGUACCCCGCUUCCUUUGGUAUUUCGAUAA